AUGUCGAUUUUGAAUCGAGUGAUAGCACAUUUGUAUUCUCUGUUAGGAUUCUUCAGACUUCUUGAAAAUCUCAUUCCUCAGCACGUACGCGACAUAUUCAACCGAUGGCAACUAUCACUCGAGCAAUAUUUCAAUCUCAACUACAAUAUCAUCAGCAUACCGGAGUACAAAGGGAGAUUUCUUUGGCCCAGCAAGAUAUUCGGCCGAGCGAACUCCUAUCUCACAAAUCUUGAACGCAAAUGCCAUCAUCCUCGAGCGCUCGUUGCAAUUAGAGCCCCCAGAAAGAGAACUGUUAUUCUCCAGCCUGGUUUUACAGAAAUGAUUGAAGACUCUUUCCGAGGAUCCAAAAUGUGGUGGACGAGAUCAAUCGAAUGGAAGCCAAUGCAAAAGAGCGAUCAGUUUGAAGAGAAACGCUUGUUUACACUCAAAGUGGCAAGGCCUAGCAAAUCAUUGUUAUAUGAUUAUUGUGCCCAUCUUAAGAAAAUUGCAGACAAAAUUGAGGAGAAGAAUAGAGAUAUAAGUCUCUGGAUCAACGAUCACGAUGAAUUUAGCCGGAUUCUGUUCAACCAUCCCUGUACUUUCGAUUGCCUAGCACUCGAUCUUUCUCUAAAGGAUCGCAUUUUGACAGAUCUUGACAACUUUAGAGAAGGUAAACAUUUUUAUGGAGAAACUGGUCGUGCAUGGAAACGUGGGUACCUUCUUUCUGGCCCUCCUGGAACUGGAAAAUCAAGCCUUAUCGCCGCCAUUGCCAAUUACAUGAAGUACGAUAUAUAUGAUUUUGAGCUCAGUAAAGUCGCUAGUAAUGGAAAACUACGAUUGCUUCUUUCUCAAACAACGAGAAAGUCUAUUAUUCUUGUUGAGGACAUUGAUUGCUCGCUCACUGAAUCUAGUCCUCAUCCAAAGAGUGAUGAUUACAGUGAUGUUGAGGAUAAUGAUAAUGUUACCCUCUCUGGGUUGUUAGAUUUAACAGAUGGGUUGUGUUCCUCCUUAGGAGACGAGCGAAUUAUUAUCUUUACCACCACCCACCCAGAUGAUAUUGAUCCUGCUCUGCUGCGCCCUGGUAGGAUGGACAUGCACAUCGAACUCUCCUUCUGCAACUUUCCUGCAUUUAAAAUUCUUGCUAGAAAUUAUUUGCAGAUUGAGGAUCACGAGCUCUACGCUGCUGUGAAAGAGAAAAUGGCGGCUGGGGCCAAGAUGGUUCCAGUGGAUAUUAUAAAGAUUCUUUUGAGAAACGUUGAUAACCCUUUUAGAGCAUUGAAUGCAUUGGUUUCUGCACUCGAUGUAAAGGUGAAAGAAACGGAAUAUAUGUAG